GACUCAGGCCCACCAUUGAGAUUAUACAGAUACCUCUCUCCGUCUCUCGCUCUCUGCAACUCAAUUAUGUCAGAGGCAAGCGAUUGAAUCUUUGGUACUACAGGGGUUCACCGCCUCCCCUCGGCUUGUUUUAUAUCUGCAAUUUUUUCAACGUUCCUUCACAAAUGUCCAUCCAUUAGGGUUUGAACUUGAAGUGAUUCAGAAAGUGUUAAUUCAGGGAGAGAAAAUUUAGAUAGGAAAAUGGGUUCUACACCUAAACACCCUUUGUUUUGUCUAACAUGGCCGUGGGACAUGAACCAAAAUGCUAAAGCUAAUACUCCUAGCGCUUGCAACUUUGAGGGUCCUUGGUUAUUCAAAUCUCUGCAAACUAUUGGGUCCAUUGCUUUCAAUUUUGUCAACUCAGUUUCCGGGUCCUCGUUUUCAUUGGCCAAUACCUUUAUGCCCUCCCAGUUGGAUGCAAGAACCAGCCAGCGUAACAGUUUGAAGUCAAAAACAAUCUUGGGUCCUGAAGAGCAGGGGGAGGCAGAGCAUAGAGCAUUUGCCUCAGCUUUAGCAAGUGGGAAAGAGGCUACUGUGGUUGAGUUUUAUUCACCCAAAUGCGGGCUGUGUAAUUCUCUGCUUAAUUUUGUUAGGGAGGUUGAAGGUAGGAACUCAGACUGGCUUAACAUUGUUAUGGCAGAUGCAGAGAACUAUAAAUGGCUUCCCGAGCUUCUCCAUUAUGACGUUAGAUAUGUUCCUUGCUUUGUGCUGGUGGACAAGAAGGGGAGGGCGCUGGCAAAGACUGGUAUUCCGAGUAGUCGGCUACAUGUAAUAGCAGGUCUCUCUCAUCUUCUCAAGAUGAAGCGUCCUUGCAAAAAGCAAUAGCUAGAUCAAAUAUUGAAUCUUCUCAUCUGUUCAGCAUUUUGAUAAUGAAGCCUAGUUUUCAUGAGUUCACAGCACAGAUGCUUUUGGGUA